UGUGUAGGAGCACAGUGAUAUCGAUGUAUCAUAUUUAGUUGUGGUGUAUUGCAUGUGUAUAGAUGACGAUCAUGAAUAAUAAGGGCUUCAACGUCCCGGGAAUUCCACCCGACCUGCGGCGUGAAGAAACUGUUAUGCAAAUAGCAGAUUCUCUGGACUAUUUAGACAAGGUAGCAAAUGACAUCUUUAACAGGAUUAACAGUCGUGUCGCAGACAACAAAGCAAGACUGCUAAAGGUAAAUGACAGAGUGAACUUGGCACAUGCCCGAGUUGAGAAACUUAAAGGCAGCAAUAAGGCCACUAAGGUGUUUGCGUGUGCGAAGUACCCAGCGGGGAACCGGAUUGAGGACUAUAAAUCAGUAUUCGAAGGCACACCUGGUCUGAAGGAUCCCAAACGCAGCCACUACAGAUUACAAGCGAAACAUCAAGUUGUGGAUGAUCGGGUUAUCCGAGAGAAGCUGCAGUUCUACAAUGUUCACCUGGACUUGAAGCGGAAGAAGAAGAGUGGGGAAGAUAAGGAAGAAGGACUUGGUGGAUUGCCGAAAGUCCUGCCCUCUGUCAGCUCUCUUCUUCUUUUUAAUACCUCAGAAAAUCCGUACAAGAAAUAUGUAAUGCUGGACCCUCUUGGUGUGGUGACCAAAACACGGGCAGCCAUUGAAGAAGAGGCGGGACUAGCAGAAGCUCCCAGUACUAUCGUACAGCGUGAGGAGCUGCAGAGACAGGCCGCAGAAAGCUUCUUCUAUAUCCCUGAUAUCGGCACUGUCCCAGAAAUAGCUGUACCAGAUUUCCUACCUAAUCUCCUGGGUGUUGCUGAUGAUCUGUCAUUCAGUGCAGACCAGGGGCCAUCGAUUGCUCCAUCUGUUCUGGGCUCAAACAUUCCUGAACUGCCCUCUGUGGACCUACCUGAGGCCGUGCCACCUGGACCAGCUGCCCUGGGGAAGACGCUUCCGCCUCCACCCCCUGCACCACCGGGGCCACCCCCACCAGGACCACCACCACCAUCAGCACCACCUCCGCCACCCCCACCUCCCCCGCCAAGUGACGGUGGUGGUCCUCCUCCUCCUCCUCCCCCACCCCCACCUCCACCUCCACCUCCUCCAAGCACUGACCUUAAUUCUGCUCCAGCCGAAGUGGCUGCACCUUCUGAUGGACGAGCUAAUUUGCUGGAUUCCAUACGUAAGGCGGGAGGUGCAGGGAAGGCUAAACUGAAGAAUGUAAAAGACAAGAAGAAGGAGUCUAAGAAGAAGAAACAAGAGGAGAAGUCGACCGGAGGCGGAGGGGGAGGAGGAGGUGGUGACCUUAUGUCAGACCUGUUUUCCAAACUGUCCAUGCGGCGUAAAGGCAUCUCAGGGACAGGAAAGGCAGCUGGAGGGGGUGGGGGAGAGAAGGCGGAGUCUUCUUCUAAUGGAGGAGGGGGAGGAGUGAUGGGCAAGAUCUCCUCAAUGAUUCCUCCCCCCACCCAAACCUGGAGACGGUGCGGCAGAAGCUGAAGAUGACUGGGAGUAGGCCUGUCUUCAUUGUCAGUCACUCUUACAGAGUCAUGCUGUAAUGCAAUCUGUUUAUUAUUUACAGACAGUAAUUCAUCUACAGACUUAAUGUUCAGUAUACCAGUAUCUGAGUCUAAUCAAAGUAAAUUUUACUGACAAAGUGUAAAACUUUCUACUUCAAAAUUUGAUAAUAAUUGUUUGACAAAUGUAAUAUUUCACUACCAGCACCAUGCAAUGAAAUCACACAACUAUCUAGAUGAAGGAUGAAAGUUUCUGCUGACAAUCAAGCCCAUAGUGUUGUCUUUUCAGUGCAGCCCAAUUGAAAUUGAUACCUAAAAUUCAUUUAGAAACAUGUCAUUGUAACACUGAUUCACCUGAGACUAAUGCAGUCUGUCAAAAUGAUGUACUUUGUAAUCUGUGUAAUGAAUACUCAGUGCUCAAACAUUGAAACUGUUAAUGUUAAUUGUUACAGACUGUGAAAUUCUAUCUUUUAUGUCAGAUUGUUAUUUUGAUGUUGUGAACAAGAGGAAUGACUAUGUACAAGGAUGACGUUAUCAGUGUAUGUAAAAGCUUUAAAACACCUCACAAUUGUUAUGAGCAUAACUAGUAUGUAUUUUUCUGUGAAAAUUUUCAAAUACAUUUUUAGAGGACGAGUUUUAAACUCUCUUCAUGAAUAUUGAUAUAUUGGAUGUCAAAAGACAUAAUGGUGAAAAUCUACUUAUCAUCCCUUGUACUUGUUCAAACUAUCGCCAGUGUCUCAAGUGUAAAAAGUGUCUACAGUGGUAGAGAGUUGAGUAGAAUCAUUUGACCGUGACACCAUGGUAAUUUAUGACAUCGCAAUGGUUUGCAAAGUAUUAGAAACAAUAUCUCAUGAUCUUGGAGUAAGUAACUCUAUAUCAAACCUAAGCAAUGUAUUCUGUGGAAGGCAGUUUUUUAAGGAAAUUUGCUGUUUUUCAAUGAGCCUUCUGAAUUAACAACUGGCUUAAAAGAGCAUUACUACAAAUCUGUUUCUAUACAAACUGAUUAAGAUAAGAUCUUAGUGAAGCUACACAAACUUAAGGAAGAACUAAGAUCCAACUUUGUUGAGAUUAAAACAUAUUGCAAUGUGUAUAUUACCAAAAUAUAGUCUGUUGUGAGUGGUCGAUUUCACUACACACAAAAAAUAUGAUGAUUAUGAUGAUGAUGAUGAAACUGUUGGUGCAUGACAGAUGUCAGUGACCUUAUGGUAAUAUGUUAUUGAUAAGCUACAAUAUUCACUGUUAUCAUUGAUGCUGUGCUAUGAAUAGUAUUGUUGGGCAUAAUAAAUGGAAACAUACUAUC